AUGUAUAAAAGUGUUUUCAAUCUUCCAUGCUCGUGCAAUUUAAUGAGAAAUGGUAACUUAGUUCCAUUUACUAAUAGCAAAGGAAAAGGAAAGAGAAUUCAUUUAUAUGCUUGUUUUGAAGAAAAUUCAGAUAAAAUGAGUUUAUCUAAACAUCCAUAUUUAUAGCUUGAACCUUCAAGUUCAAAUGAUAGUUUAUACAAAUGUGGACUUUAUUAAAUUUCUAAAGUCCAUUAGACUUUCAUCCAAGAAGGGAAAAUUACUAUUGAUGUUGUAGAAAGUUAGUAGGGUAUAAAUGUAUAAUUGUAAGAUAUUUCUUUAAAGAAUUAGAUUGUUCAGAAAUAGCUUGCUCAUUUAUGUGUGGUUGAUUCUACUUAAGAAAGUUUGAAGUUGUUUUUAGCUAAACUUUCAUCGUUGAUAUAAUUUUAUUCACAAAAACAAAAAUAAUCUAGUAUUGGCAAUUCAAAUAAAGAUUAAGAGAGCCAUAAGAAACAGAUAUCUUUAGAAAGUAAAUAAGCUUAGCAGGAAGCAAAUUAAAAAAACCACUUUUAAUUUAAAGCUGAAAAAAGAGUUUCCAUUAACUAAAUGAAAAUAAAUUUAUAAUAAUCAGUCAACAAAAUGAAUAGUAGUGAGAAGAAAAUUUAAUAAUUAGAAAUAGAAAAUGUAGAGGUUGAUAAAAAAUAAAUUGAGAAAAGCUUAGCGAAGUCUCUUAACAAAUUAGAUUAGUAAAAUAUAUUUUAAUAGCAAGCUAAAGAAAAGGAAAAAUAGUAGUAACAAUUAUUAAAAGAAUAACAUAAAAAGAACAAAAUAGAUAAAUAUUUAUAGAAGUAGAGACAAGUUGAAGAUGUAAUCAUAGAGCUCCACACAGAAGAUGAAGACAAUUAUUAAUCAAAAUAGCCAAAAAAAAUAGAUGAAAUAAAUAUAGAGCAAGAAGAAAAUAAAUUGUAUACAAUUUGUGAAGAGCUAAAUACACUAAACGGGAGCUAAAAUGCUACUCAAGAGAAGACAAUAGAAUAACUUUAGUUACUGCAAGUAAGCAAUAAAGAUUAAAAUUCUGAUGAUAGCAUAUAAAUUAAAUCACCCUAAAUGAGUAAAGAAAUAUCUAAUUUGCUGUUAAUACCUUAAAAUAAUAAAAAAAGUUAAAGUACACAUUAAUCUCCUUAAUCAACUAGUUAAGUGAAUGAACUUACACAAAGUAACAAUAAAAAAUAUAUUUCCCCAAGAGCAGAAUCUGUAAAAGACUCUUCAGAAACUGAGGAGUGCAAUUUGAAUAGAAUUUAUAAUGAAAAUUAAAUGAAAGAGCUAGAAAAUUAGUUUGAAAACUAAAGCAGAUAAAUGCUUUAAGAAGAAGAUAAUUUAUUGUCAGAGUAAAAAAAAAUAUUAGCUUAAUAACAACUUAUGCUUUGUGAGAAGCAACUUGUAUUGAUGUAAUAAGAAAAACUGUUAAGAAAGUAGUAGCUAUUAUAAAACUAGAUGUUUAUUGAAGAUUCUUUGAACUAAGAAGAGAUUAAGCUUAUUCAGUAAAAGGAAGUAAUAGAGAAACAAAUAAAAGAAUACAAUGAACCCAAAGAUGCCUAAAAUAAUUUGUAAAUGUAAAAAUAUUUUUUAGAAUAAAAAAAUAUUGAAUAGCAAUAUGAGAACGAAUAAAAAUAUUUGCAGGCUUAAGCAUAAAGCAGUUUAUUAGCAAAUAAUUCUAAGUUUAUGGGACUGUAAAAUAAAUUACAAGAAAUAAAAAACAAAUAACAAUAAAAAAAAUUAGAAGAUAUUAAGCAGCAAGCAUCUGGCAAAAAAAAUUUAUACAAAGUAGAUAGAUCAAUAACAAAAAAAACUUUCUCUAAUGGGUAGACUCUUGCUCUAAAAAGAAGAAAUCCUUUCUCGAUGGAUGACGAAAACGAAGAUGAAAAUUUCAAUAAUCCUGAUCAAUUCUAUGUUUAAGCUACUAACAUUUAGUAUGACUCUCAAGAGAAUAACCAAAAUCAAAAAUUAUUAGAAGAAUAAAAGCAUUAAAAUAAUAUUUUAGAAGAAUUUGUAAAUCCAAAUAAUUUGAAAAGUUAAGUUACUGAUUUUUAAAAUUAAGGAGGAGAAUUGUUAAAACUUAAAGAUGGCAUAAAUUCACCAAAUCUGCCUUCAUAGUUUUAGUCAGUAAAAAAAUUAGGUAACAGCUACAUCUUUGAAAAGAAUAGUUUUAAAUUAAAAAUUUAAGACGAUGAUUCACUUAGCUUUAAUAACAAAAGAGUAAUUACAAAAGGAAAAAUCAAUAGCAACUUAAAUAAAGAUUCUCAAUCUCAAAAUAGUCAAACUGAUUUUUUAAAAUUUGAAAUUUAAAAAUAUCUUGCUCAAUUGCCUGAGCAUGUUAUGGCUUAGAUUCUCAUGUUUUUACCUAAGAAAUAGCUUUAUUAGGUAAGGACUGUUUCCAAAUUCUUUGAUAAAUCAUUUUUCUUGUCUAUUCGAAAACUCGUAUUUUUGAAAAGAGAUACUCCAUGUGAAAGAGUACUUAAAAUGAUUGAAAAUGCUAAAUAUAUUCAUUCAUUGCAAAUAGGCCAAUUAGCAAACUUAAAACCUGAUUCUUUAAUUUAGAUUAUUCAAUCCAGACAAUCUAGUACCUUAAAAGUUCUGGAUUUAUCAAACUACAUGGCACUCACACCUAAGUUGUUUUUAACUUUCAUUCAGCACAGUAAGUAGAUCCAAGAUAUUUCAAUACCCUUUUUUAGUAGAGUUACAGACUAAUAGCUUUAUUAACUAGAUAAUCAUCUGAAUAACUUAUAGAGAUUGGCUCUUAAAAGUUUAUUAGACAAUUUUAAUUACAAUGAUAAAAUAUCAGAUUAGAAUUUAGCAAAAAUAAUUACUGAUUUAAAAUCUCUGAAUACAUUUGAAGUCUUUACUGUUAAUCCAUCAUUUUUAGAGAGAAUUGAAUAUUAUUAAAAAAUUAAAUUAGAAAAGCAUUAAGAGAAAGUAUAAAAAAACAUAGAACUUAAUACAACCCAUUUAUAAAAACCGAUGGAUGACAUUUUCGAAAGAAUUACUUGUUUGAAAAUAAGAAAUAUGGUUAUGACAAGAUUUGCAGAAGAUGAUAUGUAGAGCAGAGAGUUAAACUUAUAAAAGCUAGGAUUAUUUAAAAAUUUAAGAUCAUUGAAAAUUGUUAAUAUAGUUAAAAAGUCUAAAGGCGAGUGGUUCCUACCAUACACACCUUCUAUAGAUAUAAUUAAAAGUAUUUUUUAAAGUUGUUAGCUAAUUCAGCAUUUAUCUUUAGGAUAGUGGUGCACAAACGAAACCUUAUAAUUAAUCUCUGAGUAGAUAAGCAAUUUAAAAAAGAUAAGAAUAAUUGGAAACUAAGUAGAUGACACAGGUCUAGAGUUCAUAUUCUAAAAAAUGGAGUAGCUAUAAAUUAUAAAUAUAUCAGAUGCGACUCGCAUCAAUGGUCACUGUUUUGAGUCAAUUAUUUCAAGAAACAUUCAAGAAAUAAAAGUAAAAUUUGAUGACUAUAGAUUAAAUUGUCUUCACAGUACAAUUACACAUAUUCUAAAUUUAAACGGAGUAAAAAUAACGAAUUACACUAAAUGA